AAUUAUCUACAGCCACUACCUUCCCUUUUAGCCAUAUCUCCUUCUCCCAUUAGCCUAAGCCCUCCCUUGUUAAAGCAAACACCAAUCAAGUAGCCAUGCUAAUAAGCUUAUCUUCCUCUCUAUCCCCUUCCCCUUCGUCUUCUCUCCCAAGAUUCUCUAACUCAAAGUCACCCAUUUUAGAGUCAUCCUCAUUAAAGCGCAAAACCACCCAUUUUUUUAAACCUCUUUCCUCUUCGCUUUGCUAUUCAUCAAACCUCAAUUCUCACUCCAAGACUCCCCUUUUCACCAGAUGCCCUCUUGGGAAAAGGUUGGACUUUAGGUCAUGGGCUGUCUCUGGAUUUGACUUAGGGAACUUUGAAUCUGUUUUAGAGGCAGUUGGAGUGUUGACAGCCAUUAUUGUUGUUCAUGAAAGUGGUCAUUUCCUUGCUGCUUAUCUACAGGGUAUUCAUGUAAGUAAAUUUGCUGUUGGGUUUGGUCCAAUUUUAGCUAAAUUUAAUGCAAGGAACGUUGAAUAUUCUAUUAGAGCUUUUCCUUUGGGUGGGUUUGUGGGGUUUCCUGAUAAUGAUCCGGAGAGCGAUAUACCAGUAGAUGAUGAGAAUUUGCUUAAGAAUAGACCGAUAUUGGAUAGAACGAUAGUGAUAUCAGCUGGUGUUAUUGCCAAUAUCAUCUUUGCUUAUGCUAUAAUCCUUGCUCAAGUAUUAUCAGUUGGUUUGCCUGUGCAAGAGGCCUUUCCUGGGGUGCUUGUUCCUGAAGUUCGAGCCUUUUCUGCUGCUUCCCGUGAUGGGUUGCUUCCCGGCGAUGUAAUUCUUGCUGUUAAUGGAACGAAUUUGCCUAAAACUGGGCCCAAUGCAGUAUCCGAGGUUGUUUAUGUCAUUAAGAGUAGUCCUAACAAGAAUGUGUUGCUUAAGGUUGAGAGGGGGGAACAGAAUUUUGAAAUUGGCGUCACCCCGGAUGAGAGUUUUGAUGGAACAGGUAAAAUUGGAGUUCAAUUAUCAAACAAUGUAAAGAUUACCAAGGUUAUAGCUAAGAACAUCUUCGAGGCAUUUAAUUUUGCUGGAGAAGAAUUUUGGGGUCUUUCAUCCAAUGUGGUGGAUAGCUUGAAACAAACUUUUUCAAACUUCUCUCAAUCAGCAAGCAAGGUAUCAGGUCCAGUCGCUAUAAUUGCUGUUGGUGCAGAAGUUGCAAGGUCAAAUAUUGAUGGACUUUACCAAUUUGCAGCUGUGCUCAAUAUUAAUCUUGCAGUGAUAAACCUCCUUCCAUUACCUGCUUUGGAUGGGGGCUCCCUGGCCUUCAUUCUCAUAGAAGCAGCUAGGGGUGGGAGAAAACUCCCUUUAGAAAUAGAGCAGCGGAUUAUGUCAUCCGGGAUCGUGCUUGUUAUUACCCUCGGAUUUUUUCUUAUUGUUCGGGAUACCCUAAACCUUGAUUUCAUCAAAGAUAUGUUGUGAUAAUUUGUUAAGGCAUCCAAAUUGAAAAUGAGUUCAAAUGGUUCGUCGCUGGUUUCUCAUCUGUUUGCUUGAUGGUGAUGUCUCAAGGUGGAGAUACUAAAGACUCUUUGUUCCUUGUUCCUAAUCGGCUGUGAAAGAGGUAUUCAUGACUUGUUCACAGUUACUAUCAUCUUAUGUGGAUCUUUCUUGUAAUUCUGUCACUGUAAUUUCUUAACUGUUUACGGCAGCACUAUAAUGGGUUUUACAGUUCCAUUCCCAAAAUUCUGUAAAGAUAUCUAUAGAAAUUACAUUCUUUUAGAA